CCAGCAGGUUAUGUGGGGAGUAUGCUGAGACUCACUAAGAUGGGGGAACUCAGUUAAGGAAGUUUGAAGCUGAUAAAGCCAUAGAGGGAAGGCUCUCACCUCAUUUUAUAAGGGUUGCAUCACACUAAGAAAAUCCAAUAGCAACCACAGUCUCAAAAUUAAUAAUUACAAAUAGGACACAAUUCCAAGAGUCAGGAGCCAAGCAGGAACUGGAUUAAGAAAGACAUGCAUGAUAUGAAACAGGAAGGAGGGCUACAAUGCAGCUUCCUGGGAAGUUGCCAGGGUAGUCACGGUUCACAUUCAUUAGGCUGUGGGCAUCAAAUGCAUAUGGAAAAUCUAAUUGACUUAACUGAACUCCUAAAGAGGAAUGAACACCUCAUUUAUUGAAGAGCUACUACCAAUUAGCAUAUGUAUUUCAUUUGUUCAAUAACCCCAUGAGUAGAGUAUCACAAUCCUUGCUUUACUAAAGUGGAAGCCAAUUCAAAGAAGUUCAGUGACUUGUCCAAGCUCAGGAAAAACACUAGGAAGUGAAUAUGGGUCUGACUCCAUCUCUGAUUUCAGGAGCCCUGCCCUUUCUUCCACACCAUGCCCCCUUGCUUUCAGAAAAAAAGGCUUGUUGACUGAAUGGUUGUAUGCACAGUUCAAAGCAGAAACACGCAAUGACAUCUUUUGAGAUACUCUAACAGUGAGAACUUGAAAAUGAAGUUAAAAAUUAAGCAGCAAAGCCCAACCGAGGCUUUCUGAGAAAGUGGGGCCAAACCUGGUGCUGUCUGACUGCCAGGUGGCUCAUUAUUUAUCCCUGUAAAACCCUGCAAAAGUAUUUGAAAGGGAAGAAGGGACAGAAAACUCCCUCCUUUUCCAAGUUAGCCUUAUAGUCUAGGGCUUAAAAUACUGGUUUAAUGGUGAAGGUAAGUGCUUUUCUUCUUUAUGGGUAGAAGGAUAAUAACUUACCAAAGGUCCAUUAAGGGGAGGGAACAGUUUUAGGAGAAGUCAGAGAAAAGACACUAACAGCAACAUAAGGAUCUCCAUCUGGUAAUAUUGCCUAAUUCCAAAAUGAAGAGACUUUCUGAAAAAGAUAACUGAUUCAAUCAAGACCCUAGGGCAAGGCUUGAGAAGCCACUGGUACCAAUGGACACUGUGGACAAUGGUCAUUUCUCCAAGGACGCUAUAAAAGACUGUUGUAGUAAGAGAUUCAGGGCACAGGGAAACUCCACCACAAAGCGUGGUACCAUUUCCCACAGAAGCUAAAUGGACGGGAAGCCUGCCACCAGGAAAGGUCCAGAUUUCUGUUCAUUACGCUAUGGGCUGGCUCUUAUCAUGCACUUCUCAAACUUCACCAUGAUAACUCAGCGUGUGAGUCUGAGCAUUGCAAUCAUUGCCAUGGUGAACACCACUCAGCAGCAUGCUCUAACUAAUGCCUCCACUGAGAGGCCUGUUGCAGACGCCCUCAAUAACUCCAGCAUAUCCAUCAAGGAAUUUGAUACAGAGGCCUCUGUGUAUCAGUGGAGCCCAGAAACUCAGGGUAUCAUCUUUAGCUCCAUCAACUAUGGGAUAAUACUGACUCUGAUCCCAAGUGGAUAUUUAGCAGGGAUAUUUGGAGCAAAAAAAAUGCUUGGUGCUGGUUUGCUGAUCUCUUCCCUUCUCACCCUCUUUACACCAUUGGCUGCUGACUUCGGAGUGAUUUUGGUCAUUGUGGUUCGGACAGUCCAGGGCAUGGCCCAGGGAAUGGCAUGGACAGGUCAGUUUACUAUUUGGGCAAAGUGGGCUCCUCCACUUGAACGAAGCAAGCUCACCACCAUUGCAGGAUCAGGGUCAGCAUUUGGAUCCUUCAUCAUCCUCUGUGUGGGGGGACUAAUCUCACAGGCCUUAGGCUGGCCUUUUAUCUUCUACAUCUUUGGUAGCACUGGCUGUGUCUGCUGUCUCCUAUGGUUCACAGUGAUUUAUGAUGACCCCACGCAUCACCCAUGCAUAAGUGUUAGGGAAAAGGAACACAUCGUGUCCUCACUGGUUCAACAGCCCAGUUCUCCUAGACGUGCUGUCCCCAUAAAGGCGAUGGUCACAUGCCUACCACUUUGGGCCAUUUUCCUGGGUUUUUUCAGCCAUUUCUGGUUGUGCACCAUCAUCCUAACAUACCUACCAACGUACAUCAGUACUCUGCUCCAUGUUAACAUCAGAGAUAGUGGAGUUCUGUCCUCUCUGCCUUUUAUUGCUGCUGCAAGCUGUACAAUUCUAGGAGGUCAGCUGGCAGAUUUCCUUUUGUCCAGAAAUCUUCUCAGAUUGAUCACUGUGCGAAAGCUCUUCUCAUCUCUUGGGCUCCUCCUUCCAUCAAUAUGUGCUGUGGCCCUGCCCUUUGUGGCAUCCAGUUACGUGAUAACCAUUAUUUUGCUGAUACUUAUUCCUGGGACCAGUAACCUAUGUGACUCAGGGUUUAUCAUCAACACCUUAGAUAUCGCGCCCAGAUAUGCAAGUUUCCUCAUGGGAAUCUCAAGAGGAUUUGGGCUCAUCGCAGGAAUCAUCUCUUCCACUGCCACUGGAUUCCUCAUCAGUCAGGAUUUUGAGUCUGGUUGGAGGAAUGUCUUUUUCCUGUCUGCUGCAGUCAACAUGUUUGGCCUGGUCUUUUACGUCACAUUUGGGCAAGCAGAACUUCAAGACUGGGCCAAAGAGAGGACCCUCACCCGCCUCUGAGGACAUAAAGUUACAAACUUAAAUGCAGUACUAAGCAUGAACUUUUUAAACAUUUUUUACUUAUCUUCAUAUUCUUGACCAUAGACUCAGCAGUUCUUAACUCUCGCUGUGUGUUAGUCUUCCCUGGGGAGCCUUUAUAAGAUACUGAUGCCUGGGACUCACUCCAGAGAUUCUGAAUGAAUUGGUCUGGGGUGGAACCCAGAUACCACUAAUUUUUAGAUACUCCUUAGAGGUUUCUAGCAUGUACCUGGGGUUGACAAUAGCUGGACAAACUUGAAAAUCCAUGUGGCCUUUAAAUUUUCCUCAUUGGAAAGUACUAAAUAAAUAAAAAUUCAUGUGAAAAUGAUCACUGAUAAAUAUCUUCACAGUGGGGCAGGUUAUUGGAUACAGAGAAGAGCUGCUCGGAAUUGUAACCAUAUGUUACAGAUCUCAGCACCCAUCAGAACUGUAAAGCUAUAAUCCCCAGAAUUAAAGUUUUUAUUAUUUUUUAUACAUUGUAAAACAUGGACGUUUAUUUAUGUAGUUAAAUUCUAUUAAAAUUUACAUGCUAAAAUAAAAUAGACCAUUUUCAAAUUAUUUAGAUUCAGAUAUUUCCAUCAGAUUAAGCAGAUAUUUAUCCUAGCCCAAUUGCAAGAGAUUAAUGAUGAGAAAACGAUCAAGAAAAGAUUAAAUAAAUGAGGUUAACUUAUAAAUCAAGGACAGAGAAGAUAGAAUUGGAAAGCUUGUAUUGUGAGAAGAAUGGAUGUAAAGGAAGGCAAUGUAGAUACUUCCAGAAGGGAUAGCAAUAUAGUUUAGACCAUAUGAUGAAAAUUGGAGGGAGAUGACAGAGACACUUUCAAGUGAAAUGACAAUUUAUAUGGGGGAGAAAAAUAUUGAAGAUAUAACAAGAUGAGAAAAGGCAUAGAAAUGUAUCACGUACAAGGCAUAGAAAUGUAUCACAUACAAGAGAAGUUCUUUUUGAGGGUAGAAAAAGAUAAUUUAACCUUCUUCAUAUUUUUCUUACUUUCCCAAGAUACUCAGGCAGCAUCAACUCUAACAGGAGAUAAUUUGGCUCCUAACACUUAAAACAUAUCCUUUAGGUUGUCUCCUCACACAGAGCUGAAUCUGGUUUUGCCACAUGUCUAGAGAGGAGGUUCUCACCAUAUUUAAAUCCUAUUUAAAAACUGCUAGGACAAGAACUUUGGGCUAAUUCAGCAGAUGAAGAGAAUCUCCUAAUGCAAAUCAAUGUGUAUUUUUGAGCAGAUUUUUCAGAAAAACAGUGUCAGGCCCUGAGAAUGAUACUAAGACGAGAACAUUGAUUUUGCCUUCAUGGUAUUGACAAUAUAAAGAGAAAGGGGAGUUUUCAGAAAGCCAAAAGAAGAAGUAGAAGAAAAAAGAAAGACAGAGUAUAAUAGGUAGUCAAAUUAUGUACAGAAAAAAGAGAAAAAAAGACCAAAGAAAGGUGGGGGGCAGACAACCCAACUAAAAAAUGGGCCAAUGACUUGAACAGGGACUUCGUAAAAGAGAAAAUGCAAGUGGCUCCUUAAUAUAUAAAAAGAUGUUCAACUUCAUUAGUCAUUACAGAAAUGAAAAUCAAAACUACAAUGAAAUACCACUAUAAAAUUAACAUAAUGGAUAAAAUGAAAGACGAUAGAAGACAAAAUGUUGCCAAGCGUGUGGAGCAACUGGAACUUUCAUAUGCUACGAAUGUGAACUUUGGAAAGCUGCUCAGCAAUAUCUCCUAAAGUUAAAUGUACAAUUCCAGUGACUCAGACGUUUUACUUAGAAAUGCACAUAUACAUCCAUAAAACAUGCACAACAAUGUUCAUAGGAGCACUAUCUGUAAUAGCCCAAACAGGAAGUUGUCUGUUAAGAGAAGAAUGAGUAAAUAAGCCACGGUCUAUUUAUAUAGCAAUGAGAAUUAACAGACCCUAAUACAUAAUAGACGAAUGGGUCUCAUAAACACGAUAUUGAUUGAAGGAAGACAAACGGUACAUUCUUUUAAAGGUUUAUAAAAUAGUUUUUAAAAACAGCUACAACCAAACUGUCCUGUUAAAAAUCAGUGAGUGGUUUCCCUUGGGCGAGGAUGGGGGUUGUGGCUGGAUGGAUGGUACUUAAGAAGUGCUCCUGGAGUACUAGAAAUAUUUUAUUUCUUGACUUGGAGGUGUGUUUACUUGGUGAAUAUUGUACAUUUAUGAUUUGUGCACUUUUAUAUAUGUAGAAAAUAAAACAGAAAGCAAAUUCAAA